GAAGACACACCGCCCGGCCUGGCGCAUGCGCAGUCGUAACAGUAAGAUGGCGACGUCUUUACUGCAGUUGAGCCGUGUUGCCGGAUUGAGACUUUUCGGAAGGACUUGGACGAGCUGGAAACGACAGCCCAUCCUAUACAACUGGAAUAGAUUCCAGGCCACACAAGCAACACCUGCACAUGUUGUUCUGAAUAUUCCAGAGACAAAAGUCACUGUUUUGGAAAAUGGACUACGAGUGACUUCUGAAGACUCUGGACUUCCUACAUGCACGGUUGGACUGUGGAUUGAUGCUGGGAGCCGCUAUGAAAAUGAGAAAAACAAUGGAACAGCUCAUUUUUUGGAGCACAUGGCUUUCAAAGGCACAAAGAAACGCUCUCAGCUAGACUUGGAACUUGAAAUCGAGAACAUGGGAGCCCAUUUAAAUGCAUACACAUCUAGAGAACAAACAGUGUAUUAUGCUAAAGCAUUUUCUGAAGAUCUGCCCAGAGCUGUUGAAAUCCUUGCAGACAUUAUUCAGAACAGCACCUUGGGAUCAGCUGAGAUUGAGCGUGAGCGAGGAGUUAUUCUAAGGGAAAUGCAAGAAGUUGAAACCAACCUGCAGGAAGUAGUCUUUGACUAUCUGCAUGCCACAGCAUAUCAGACAACGGCUUUAGGCCGAACUAUUCUGGGACCUACAGAAAACAUCAAAUCCAUUACUCGAAAUGACCUAGUGGAAUAUAUCACAACACACUACAAAGGACCAAGGAUGGUAUUGGCUGCUGCUGGAGGAGUGGAUCAUGAUAAAUUGGUUGACUUGGCAAAGCAUCAUUUUGGUAAUCUAUUAACAACCUACGAUGGUAAUACCACACCAGACCUGCCUCCCUGUAAGUUCACAGGAAGUGAGAUUCGGGUAAGAGAUGACAAGAUGCCACUGGCUCACAUUGCAAUUGCUGUUGAAGCUGUUGGCUGGUCACACGCAGACACUAUUCCCCUCAUGGUAGCAAAUACCUUAAUUGGUAACUGGGACCGUUCUCUUGGUGGUGGUGCGAACUUGUCCAGUAAAUUGGCACAGAUUGCUUGCCAGGGUAAUCUCUGCCACAGUUUCCAAUCAUUCAACACCUGCUAUACAGAUACUGGUCUGUGGGGGCUUUACAUGGUCUGUGAGUCCAGUACGAUUGACAAAAUGCUGCAGUUUGUUCAAAGAGAGUGGAUGAGAUUGUGUACCAAUGUUACUGACAGUGAAGUUGCAAGAUCCAAAAACCUCUUAAAAACAAACAUGUUGCUGCAGCUUGAUGGAUCAACACCAAUCUGUGAAGAUAUUGGGAGACAAAUGUUGUGUUAUAACCGAAGAAUUCCAAUCCCAGAGCUUGAAGCUCGAAUUGAAGCUGUGGACGCUAACACAAUAAGGGAUGUAUGCACCAAGUAUAUCUACAACAAGUGCCCUGCAAUUGCUGCUGUUGGUCCCAUUGAACAGCUCCCAGAUUAUAACCGAAUUUGCAGUGCAAUGUACUGGUUGAAUGUGUAAAUUACACAAGAUAAAUGUUUAUAUUCUAUUAAUUAUAAAAUAAAGAGACAUUUAUACUA